ACAUAAAUUCAUACUCCGUAAAUCUAUUUUUGGGCUCAAUUUUUUGGAAUCCCCGAUUUCCCUCUACACCUUCAACCACCAGCCAUAACACCGUCACCGCCAUUACGCGAACCACCGGCACUGUUCCAGACCGACCAUUUCCGUCGCCAUCAGCUUCCACCACAUGAGCUCGACCACCGCCACUGCUCAAUUCCACCACCACUCUCUCGGAUUAAUAUGAAGCUUGAUUUGUUUAGCACUGUAAUAGAUAUGAAACAUUGUUUUGGCAAAGUUGAUUGUCAUUGAUGUCCUUGCACUAUGCCUGUGGAGGAGCUCUCCAAAAAUUCAAGGCUUAUCGGCCUAUUUACGGUAAAUGGCGUUUUUGGAGUUGGAAAAUUUUCACUAGUAAUGUACAUUCCCUUCCUUCACAUAAGUAUAAACGUCCCUCUCGUCCACCUAACAGAAAGGUGAUCAGAACGGACAAACAAGUAGAUAAGAAAAUUGGAGAUCGAAAAGUAUAUAUGAGAGAUGUUAUUCGACAGAUUUCAAAUAUUUUGAGGUGUACCUCAUGGGUUUCUGCCCAAGAACAGCUACAGAAGCUUCAUAUCAAAUGGGACUCCUUUACAGUCAGUCAAGUUCUGAAAUCCCACCCACCAAUGGAGAAGGCUUGGUUGUUCUUUAAUUGGAUUUCGAAACAAAAGGGUUUCAAACAUGACCAGUUUACAUACACAACGAUGCUGGAUAUAUUUGGAGAGGCACGAAGAAUAAAUUCAAUGAUGUAUGUAUUUCAGCUUAUGCAGGAGAAAGGUAUAAAGAUUGAUGCCGUUACUUAUACAUCAAUGCUCCAUUGGCUUUCAAAUAGUGGUGACUUUGAUGGAGCAGUUAAGAUAUGGAAGGAGAUGAAAGUUGAGUGUUGUCAUCCAACUGUUGUUUCUUAUACAGCCUAUAUGAAGGUAUUAUUUGAUAAUAACAGGGCUGAAGAGGCCACUGCGAUCUACAAGGAGAUGCUUCAAUCUGGACUAAAACCUACGUGCCACACUUACACAAUCUUAAUGCAACAUCUUAUCAAUUCUGGGAAAUGCAAAUCAGCUCUUGAAGUUUUUAGGAAAAUGCAAGAGACUGGGGUACAACCUGACAAGGCUACAUGCAAUAUUUUGGUAGAGCAGUGUAGCAAAUCGGGGGAAGCAUGGACAAUCAUCCAAAUUCUUCUUUAUAUGAAGGAAAACUCCCUUGUUCUUCGUUACCCUAUAUAUCUCCAGGCAAAUGAAACCCUAAAAAUGGCUGGUGAGACUGAUUUCCUUCUUCGACAAGUUAAUCCUCAUAUCUGUAUCGAUAAUAUUGAAUCCGCGACAGAGGAAGAACCUGAAUCUGACAUGAAUUACAGCAUAGACAGAGGACUCCUGAUGGAACUUUUAAGAAAGAAAAAUUUGGUUGCCAUUGAUCACCUAUUUGCUGGAAUGGUACACCAGAAUAAGUUAUUAGCCCCUAACCUUGUCUCUAAAAUAAUUGAGGUAACUUGUACUCAUGGAAGGAUUGAAGCAGCUAUUUUGGUCUUGGACCGCUGUAAUAAUUUGGGCACGUACGUUGAAAAUGAAGCAUUUCUUUCGAUAUUGGGGAUUCUGAUUAGAACGAAAGAAUUUUCAAAGAUUUUGCCGAUAAUUGAGCAAAUGGUGAAGUCAGAUUUGUUUCCUGAACCACAAUUAGCUUCGUCUUUGAUAUACAGACUUGGUCAAGCCGGAGAGCUUGACACUGCUGUAAAGAUAUUCAGUUUAUUUCCUGAGGAGUUAAAGACUACUACAUUGUACACUGCUUUGGUUAAUGCCUGUUUCUCAGCUGAAAAUCCUGAUAAAGGAAUUGAAACAUUUAAGACCAUGAAAAGAAGAGGAAUUCAGGGUUGUUCAGCAACCUACAAUGUGCUCAUCAGAGGUCUUGAAUCAUGGGGAAGAUUUGACGAGGCAAAAUUCUUCCAGAAGGAGAAGAAAAAUCUGCAAAGGAAAGACGAUGUUCUAGAAGAAACACUUCUUGUGGAUGAAAAGUUCUGUGAUGUUUUAUUUGCUGGGUAUAUGGUGCCUUAACACAGUUUUAGAAUUGCUGCCAAAAAAAAAACAAAAAAACAAAACAAAACACAGUUUUAGAAUGGAAAAACAAACAUUCUUUCCUCAGGUGGUAGAAUUGUGGAAUGUUACAGUGAAUCCUAAAACGGUGACAUGCUUUCUUGGCACAUGAAUGAGUCUUGUGGCAAUUCCAGCCUCUUAUGUGCUAUGAUGUUUUCUUGCUUGCUGACUCGAGACCACUAAACCUAGUGUGUGGAACAAGCUUAUUCGCGGCGUGAUAUUACUUGGCAAUGUCCAAACAACCAAUGUUGGAAUGAACAGAUUUGGAACAGCUCCAUGAUUUUUAUUCAAUGGGUGAGUUGUGCCGUGUCUUGUCGUGUUUUUUCCAAAAAAAUGCGGCCAUGACCAGGCCGGCCGUGCUUUUUUCGUGCCUUUGCCGGGCCGGGCUUUUUCGUAUUCGGUCACGCCGACCCGGCCCACAACCAUCUUUAUGUGAACCUAGAAAAAGAUACACUCGACUACUUUCUUCGGUCGACACGGUUAUGACGUCGAUAUGAAUUCCUCGGACCCGACUGACGGGAUGUAGUACCACUAAAUGGGCACCUUAAACUGUAAGUAAAUCAGCAGCUGAAAGUUGGGGUCCUGAGUAGUUGGAUCUGAUUCUUGAGAACAAAUGCUGCUUAAAGUUGUGAAUGCAAUAAGGGGUUAAGUUAGGUCAGCAUGCAAUAUAGAAGGAAAGUUGCUGAUGCGGAAUUCUUUGGAAUGUAAUGUUUAAAGACAUUAUUAAUGGUGUUCAUUGAUUUGAUAAUGUGCGUCAUUCUUACUGUGCUUGGAGAAAAAUGUUCCAUGUUUUAGUACGUGUACUCCAUAUUGCCAUAUAGGAGUAUGAUGCAAGCGGGGGUGUCCCAUGCUUCUCUACAAUUUUGGCUUGUUUAUGGAAUAUAAUGCGAAUUUUAUGUCCGUUUCAUGGUAUUUAUGCUCUACGUAAGGAUGUCAUUGGUUCGGGCCAGGCCGAGGCAUGGCACGGCCUAACACGAGCACUAAGUCAUGAGCCGUUGAUUGGGAUUGGGCUGCAUUUUAUUGGGAAAAUACGACAAGGUAUGACCAGACACGACAAAACACGUUUGAUUGUAUUAGGCUUAGCUGCGAAGGCAUGACCUGACUCGGCAUAUAGCCAUAUAGGAGUAUGAUGCAAGCAGGUUGUCCCAUGCUUCUCUGCAAUUUUGGCUUGUUUAGGGAAUAUAAUGCGAAUUUUAUGUCCGUUUCAUGGUAUUUAUGCUCUACAUAAGGGUGUCAUUGGUCCGGGCUUGGCCGAGGCAUGGCACGUCCUAGCACGAGCACCAAUUCAUGAGUCGUUGAUUGGGAUUGGGCUGUAUUUUAUUGGGAAAAUACGACAAGGCAUGAUCAGACACGAUAAAACACGUUUGAUUGUGUAAAUUUAGGCUUAGGUGCGAAGUGUUAGAUUUCAACAUUCUUUUACUUGUAUUUGUCUUUAUA